AGAUGGCGGCGGCGGCUCAGGGGGGCGGGGGCGGGGAGCCCCGGGGAGCCGAUGGGGUCGGCCCGGGGGUCCCGGGGGAGGUGGAGAUAGUGAAGGGGCAGCCGUUCGACGUGGGCCCGCGCUACACGCAGCUGCAGUACAUCGGCGAGGGCGCGUACGGCAUGGUCAGCUCGGCUUAUGACCAUGUGCGCAAGACUCGCGUGGCCAUCAAGAAGAUCAGCCCCUUCGAGCAUCAGACCUACUGCCAGCGCACGCUGCGGGAGAUCCAGAUCUUGCUGCGCUUCCGCCACGAGAACGUCAUUGGCAUCCGAGACAUUCUGCGGGCACCCUCCCUGGAAGCUAUGAGGGAUGUCUACAUUGUACAGGACCUGAUGGAGACAGACCUGUACAAGUUGCUCAAAAGCCAGCAGCUGAGCAACGACCACAUCUGCUACUUCCUCUACCAGAUCCUGAGGGGCCUCAAGUAUAUCCACUCUGCCAACGUGCUCCACCGGGAUCUAAAGCCCUCCAACUUGCUCAUCAAUACCACCUGCGACCUUAAGAUCUGUGAUUUCGGCCUGGCCCGGAUCGCCGAUCCUGAGCAUGACCACACCGGCUUCCUGACAGAGUAUGUGGCCACACGCUGGUACCGAGCACCAGAGAUCAUGCUUAACUCCAAGGGCUACACCAAGUCCAUCGACAUCUGGUCUGUGGGCUGCAUUCUGGCUGAGAUGCUCUCCAACCGGCCCAUCUUCCCCGGCAAACACUACCUGGACCAGCUCAACCACAUUCUGGGCAUCCUGGGCUCCCCAUCCCAGGAGGACCUGAACUGUAUCAUCAACAUGAAGGCCCGAAACUACCUACAGUCUCUGCCCUCCAAGACCAAGGUGGCCUGGGCCAAGCUUUUUCCCAAGUCAGACUCCAAAGCCCUUGACCUGCUAGACCGGAUGUUAACCUUUAACCCCAACAAACGGAUUACAGUGGAGGAAGCGCUGGCUCACCCAUACCUGGAGCAGUACUAUGACCCGACAGAUGAGCCCGUGGCUGAAGAGCCCUUCACCUUCGACAUGGAGCUGGAUGAUCUACCCAAAGAGCGGCUGAAAGAGCUCAUCUUCCAGGAGACAGCCCGCUUCCAGCCAGGGGUGCUGGAGGCACCCUGACCUCAACAGGUGUCCCUGCCCCCCGGGGCAUGGUCCUGCCUCUUGCCCGCCACUCCCUUGCUGGACCAUUAGAAAAUGGACACUGCCCAGCCCAGACCCCGGCAGCCCUGGCUGGGGCAGAGGGCGGGCCUGGCCACAUUCAGUCAUUUUGCUCUGGCCACCUGCUUCAGGCAGGCCAAAGCUCCACCCCCCCAGGCCUGAGGGGCUCAGGUGGCCCCAAAGCAAGUCUCCCUCUGCUGCUCUGCUGUCAUCUACCCCUGCUGUCCCAGUCUCCGGUAGUUCUGGAAUAGAAGGGCUCUGGCUGCCCGGGGCCUACUGAGGGGCGGGGGUGGGGGCGAGGGGCACUGAGUAGGGACUCAGGACAAGCCUCGCACCCUCAUCUCAUUAAAACCCCACCCCAUUUUCCCCGAAGGAACAUUUCUAAGUCUCAAGGGCUAGUUAUCCCCGAGGAGCAGGGCCCAGGUUGAAACCCCCACCCCCUCAAAGCUGCCACAUCUAAUGCCCUCGCUGCUUCUGUGUGUGGGUGAGCGGAAGUGGAGGUGCCACCUCCCCAUGCCUGUAUCUAAUAUAUAAAUAUAGAGAUGUGUAUAAGGA